AUGCCUCCACCAUAUGAAUACCCAUAUGACUUGAAUCUCCCUCCUCGUCAGCCACUGGCACCAACAAGUAUAAACAGUCUCCUCAAUCCAGCUCCCGCUAAUGACAAGACAUAUCACAUUGGGAGACCAGCAAUAGGUGAAGCUACUUCUACCAAACGCAAAGCCGAUGAAUAUGAUGAGGACGACGAUGAGGAAGAUUCCGAUGAUGGCGUCUAUGUCACCCAGAACUGCGACCAAAUCCGCCGCAAGAUCCACGCAUUCAUUAACAGCGGCGAGAUGAAAGUGGGCGAGUUCCAAAAGGCAAUCGGAGUGAACAGUAAAGGAUACGGCAUGUUCAUGGGGCAAAGUGGUCGGGACAAAGGAAGCGGAAGCAAUACAUACAUCCAGGCAUUGAAGUUCUUCAAGAAACGCGAGGAGAAGGGCCUCAAGAUCGGUGGGCCGAAGAGGAAAGCAAAGACUGCUGAUGGAGCGAACAGCAAUGUCGAUCUGGAUUCCAUUCGGCUUGAAGGCGAAGAGGAUAUCAGCGUGCCAAUAUUCGACUCCUGCGACGAAAUCCGAAAGAAGAUCCGCGCAUAUCUCGCAGGAUCUAAUGGUACACAAGCCGACUUUCUGCGAGCCAUUGCGAAACCAUAUAACGACGGAAGGAAAAUCCAGUCGAAAGUUCUGAACGACUUUUUGGGUAAGAAGGGAGCGUAUGCUGGAAAUACUAGUGCUGUCUUCUACGGCGCGUACGUGUUCUUCGAGAAGAUGCGUAUUCGUGAUGGAAAGCCAAAAUCAAAGCAUCGGCUUGAUAUGGAGAGGGUGCACGGUAGUAGGGGAUUGGAUACCAAGCGUCGACGGGACCACGUCUGGUGUUUGCCUGGGGAGAGGCCAUACGAGGACAGACUUGGCCAAAUCCACUUCGAGGGUCGUUGA